UCCCUGUGCCAUGACGUCAUGAUCGUUGUGCCCGCGUUCCAUUCAAAAUGGCGGCAACCACGAGAUAACCUCAGAUUCAGAUAAAAUACACCUUUUCUUAUCUUUAUACGAACAAUACUAGAUAAAUACAUAUACGCAUAACACAUUUGAAAAUACUGGGCCAAUAUGUCGGACGACGAGGACGCCCCACAAGCCAAACGGCAAAGAAUUCACUUCGGCAGUUUGGAAGAAGUUGAGAAAAACCGGCUUGCUUCACAAACAACGGGUAAAGAUGGCAAAGAAAUGGAUGAAGUAGACCGCAUUAUCAGUAAUGCCAUAAUGGAAGGGAUACAAUCAGGAAAUAUCAAUAUUAGUGAGGGCGAAUACCUGGAGCUUUCUGAGGACACGACAUCAGAAAGGCACCAGGAACUACUUGAGCAGUUUGAGCGCAGAAAAAAGGCACGGAUGAUAACUGUUCCAACUGACAAUGCCGCAGUACAGGCCCGACUGCGGGAGUUAGGAGAGCCCAUCACCUUGUUUGGUGAGGGACCUCCAGAGAGAAGGGACAGGUUGAGAAAAAUGCUUGCUGAGCUAGGUGAUGAUGCUUUGAAGCAAGAAGAGAAAGAACCUCCCAAGACAGAGGAGAUUGUAGCAGAAGAGGUGUGGUACCACGAGGGACCGCAAGAGUUGCAAGUUGCACGGACAUGGAUUGCAAACUACUCUCUACCCAGAGCUGAUGAGAGAUUAAAGAAGGCACGAAUAUCCCAUGCGCGCCCAGAAACAGAAAAGGCUGCCAAGACUCAAGAACUUCACCGAAAACUUAGGAGUUUGAAUAAUUCCUGCAGUCAAAUAGGCGACAGCAGACCCCUCUCAUACUGUCAGUUCUCACCGGACUCGAAACUUCUUGCAACAGCAUCUUGGAGUGGACUGUGUAAGCUUUGGUCUGUCCCAGACUGUGAACCGGUUUCUACAAUGAAAGGCCAUAAUGAGAGGGUCUGCUCGAUAGUCUUUCACCCCCAAGCCAGACUGAGUCUUGACGAGACCACGCCUUCUAUGGCUUCCAGUGGGGCUGAUGGGACAGUUCUGCUUUGGAAUUUUAAAUCUGAGAACCCUAUAGCUAAUAUCGAGGGACACGACAAGCGAGUACCACGACUGGCCUACCACCCGUCAGGACGAUUCCUAGGGACCACAUGUUUUGAUAAUUCUUGGCGCCUUUGGGACUUAGAGCAGUUGAAAGAAGUGUUGCACCAGGAAGGCCACUCAAGGGAGGUAUAUGACAUCGCCUUCCAGUGUGACGGAUCUAUGGUAGCUACCUGCGGUUUGGAUGCGCGAGGGAUGGUGUGGGACUUGCGCACUGGUCAAUGUGUCAUGCCUCUUGACGGUCACCUACAGAAAGUGCUUGGCAUCGAUUUCUCGCCAAAUGGGUACCACAUCGCCACAGGAAGUGAGGACCAGAAAGUGAUCGUUUGGGACUUGAGAAAGCGGCAAGCUAUCUACACAAUACCUGCGCAUACGAAUCUUAUAUCGUCUGUAAAAUAUUACGAAAAUUACUUGAUAUCAGCAUCCUACGACUGCAAAGUUAAGGUGUGGUCGCAGCCUGGCUGGGCUCCCCUUAAGACCCUAUCUGGACACGAGCAGAAGGUAUCCUGCGUCGACAUUUCACCAGACGGAGAGUACAUCGCAUCCACGUCGUUCGACAGAACUUUCAAACUGUGGGCGUCAGAGUAGAGCUUUUGAUACUUAUAGUGUACCCAACAAGCCUUUCAAGAAUAGAGCUGGGUCGGGUUCCUAGAAAGCAGGUUAACGUUAACAGGUUAACCAGGGAUAAAUGUCAGAGUAGAGCAUUUGAUACUUAUAGUGUACCCAACAAGCCUUUCAACAAUAGAGCUGGGUCGGGUUCCUAGAAAGCAGGUUAACGUUAACAGGUUAACCAGGAAUAAAUGUCAGAGUAGAGCAUUAGAUACUUAUAGUGUACCCAACAAGCCUUUUAAGAAUAGAGCUGGGUCGGGUUCCUAGAAAGCAGGUUAUCGUUAACAGGUUAACCAGGGAUAAAUGUCAAAGUAGAGCAUUUGAUACUUAUAGUGUACCCAACAAGCCUUUCAAUAAUAGAGCUGGGUCGGGUUCCUAGAAAGCAAGUUAACGUUAACAGGUUAACCAGGGAUAAAUGCUCUUUGUAUCCAAUCAAAUGUCGAUUGGAUCAUGGCUAGCCUAGUGCACACUAUGGAUAUAACGACAUAACAACAUAGGCGCGCGCACUCUUUUAAGCCCGGCAUAACGACAUGGGACAUAAUGACAUGAAAAAAACAUGUUUUUUUUUUAUCUUAUGUCAUUAUUUUUAUGUUGUUAUGUUGGGCUUUUGUCAAAAUGUAGAACCAUUCACUUAAACAUAUGAACAUAAGGGUGCACGCGCCUCAUUAUGUCGUUAUGUCACUAGUGUGUACCAGGCAUUAGCGGUAACCUGAUUCUAGGAACCUGCCCCCGUACUAUCUCUAGCAUGAGAAAGAACUCUUCUGACAUUAAAGCAACCUGCUAAUCGGCUCCCAUGUGGGGUUAUUUGGAAAUGAUUUGUCCAAGAGCGCGCGAAGGCCGAGGUCAACUUGAUCUUCGGGUACGCAAAGUUAUGCAAGUCGAUCCAGUACCCCCAUUUAAGCGCAACAGGAUUCCCGAUGUUUAAAAGCAUUUUCAAAUUACCUAAAGAGCCGACUGCCAGGCUACCAAUGAUGUACCCAAAGCCACACACAAAAGUAUAUAUGUCUAGCAUAAUAAGGAGUAUCUGAACAGACUGCGCUUAGUCUUAGAUCAAAAAUCCAACAUUGAACAACGCCAAAUACUCAGACAAAACCUCCUUAACUAUACAUACCAUUUAAGAGCAGAAUUUUUAAUAUAACAGUUGACUGUAAAUAUCGAUUAUGUCCAUGGUUCGCUGUUGUAUUUCUACUCAGAACUGUUCCCAUUUCAAAAUAAAUAAAAAAGAUUGAAAACCCCGAA